GCUGGCCCCCACACGCAAAUCCUUCAAACGGUCCGUCAAGCGCAGCGACCGCCAGGAGCUGCGCCUCAUGAGGAUCCAUGAGACUCUGAAGGUGGAGAAGCUGAAUGUGGAGAAGCCGUCCCGUUUCCUCCGCCCCCUGCAGAAGCCGCGCCUGGUCCCUGAGCACCUGCCCGAGGGGAGCGAGAUGGCCAAAGCGGACCAGGAACGGCCGGGAACCUCCUCUCAGAACACCGUGCACUGUCAGACAGAGUACCGCGAGAGUGAGACCCAAACGGACCCCUACACGCCCAAAUAUGUCCCACGACCUGGGACCCCUCCGGAAGUCCUGAGCCUCGCCUCUUUGAAGACGGGGCGUGGUCUCCCCGCGGGUCUGAAGGAGGUGCAGAACCUGGAGUUUGCGCGGAGGAGGCGGGACCUGGAGGCCCGGCUCCCGCCCUUAGAUGACAUCACACAGCGGGCCAAGAGGGUGAGGAUGAUGAUGGAGAUCGAGCGGGAGAGGUGGAGCCACCGGGAGAGAGCGAUCCAGAAGCUGCAGGAGAAGCGACUGGCCCUGCUGACUCAGGUGAUCACCCAGAGGGAGGAGCGACAGCAGCAGCUGCUCGUCAAACACCUGGACUCGCACUUCGCCCGGCGACAACACCAAAAAGAAGCCAAGAUCAAGAGGAUCCGCCAGGACUACGUCCUGUCGAUCAGGCGGCUGAUGGAGAAGAGGAGGAACGUGGAGGGAAAGCUUCGGAGGAGCGGGGUGGUGGAGCGGUACUGCAGCCGCGGCUCGCGGGUCCACUACCCCGGCUCCGCGAUGGGCCGCCUCCCCCACGGCGACUCCGACCGCGACAGCGUCACCAGCUGGCUCCAGAACACCUACGAAGGUCUGCUGCUGCUGGAGUCCACCCUGCCACCGUCCGUCACAGAGCCCUGUAUCCGGGCUCCCAAACCCCGCAGCGGGAAAGGGUUCGUGAAGCGGGCGGAUCGCAGGGAGAUGGAGCUGAUCAGGACACACGAGGAGCUGAAGGAGAGGAAGACGAAGGUGGAGGAGAAGAAGCCGCUUCGCUUUCUGUAUAAGAUCGAGAAGCCCGCACCUCGACCUCCGACCCCCGCCAUCACACCCCCUCCCGCAGGGUUGGAGGAGAGGGACCUGGCUGUGAUCUGCCUGCAGAAACUCUUGAGAGGAGCGGCCAGCAAGGAGACGAUGUCCGAGGAGAAGGAGAGGCGCAUGGACCUGAUCCAGGAGCUGCGCAGUACUCACGCUCUCCAGCAGGAGGAGCAGGAGCUGCAGCAGGCUGAGAAACAGAACAUACUGGCCCUGCAGAGACAGAGAGAGCUACACAGAGACAAGGCGCUGGCGGCGGGGGCCCUGCAGGCGGGCGUGGCCGGGGGCGUCAUGGCCGACAUGCUGGACUUCCUGUCCAAGGAGCUCCAGCGGCUGCAGGAGGAGCGGCGGAUCCACGCCUUCACGCUAUUGGCCGAGAGGCACCGGCGCAUGCGCGAGGCCGAGGAGAGCGGCAGGAGACAGGCGGAGGAGAGACGCCGGCGGGAGGAAGACGAGAUCUUCAGACAGGUGGUCCUGGUGCACCAGGCCACAGUAGACCUGUACCUGGAGGACGUCAUUCUGUCCUCCAUCGAGAAGACCGCAGAUGAACAGGCCAGAGAGGAGAUACACAAGAUGGCUGAAGAGAUCAAUGACAUCGCCUACGCCAUGGAGGAGAGUCUGACGAACGUGAGGUCUGAGGAGAUUGUGGCAGAGCUGGUGUACAGCUUCCUGAUCCCUGAGGUGCAGAAGACCACCGUCAGGAACAGGGUGAAGGCCACCCAGCAGCAGCACAUCCAGGCCGCCCGCCACGUCGUCCAUGGGGCUGUGGAGGAGGCUACAGCUGCUACAGCCCCCCCUCCCACAGAGCCAGCUAUGACCCCCCAGCCACCUACAGCCCCCCCUGCGAUGGAGGAAGCUACAGCACCCCCUACUGGAUCCUCAGAGGCCCACACACCCCCACAGUGCUCCCCAACACCCCCAGUGCACGGGACCCUGAGCCAGGGCCAGGGAGAGGGGGACGGGGUGGGGGAGGGGGGAGACUCUGCCUCCGCUCCUGAACUGGCAGAUACGGAGGAGGAGUGGAGCGAGGGAGGAGUAAGAGAGGAAUGA